AUGAGUACAAAUUCAAGCAAGCGGAAGAAUCAUCGAAUUUAUUCAUUGUCGAUUGACAACUCCGCACACUUCAAUUUCAGAACAAGAUAUGAAUAUAGAGGAACUCAGUUAGAACAUCUGAGUGAACUUGAUAUUGGAACACCACUGAUUCGUCAGCGAAAAACAGGAAUUAUCUGUACUAUCGGUCCGGCAUGCUGUGAGAUACAAACAUUAACAAAUAUGAUUGAAAAAGGAAUGACAGUUACGAGAUUGAACUUCAGCCAUGGAACCCAUAAAUAUCACGCUCAACUGAUUGAAAAUAUUCGUAAGGCAUGUUCGAGUUUGAAUGUAAAUUCUAUUGCAAUCGCUUUAGAUACGAAAGGUCCAGAAAUCCGAACAGGCAUAUUGAUUGAUAACAAUAAAGACGAAAUUGCAAUUGUGAAAGACUCAUUCGUAAAGUUAACAACGGAUACCAAGUACAAAGAUCGCUGUGAUUCGCAUUUGAUUUUUGUCGACUAUCCAAAUAUCACCAAAGUCGUGCAAGAAAAUUCACGAAUUUUUAUCAAUGAUGGAUUGAUCUCUUUAGUUGUUAAAGAGAUUUAUGAAAGUUCCAUAAACUGCAUUGUUGAAAUUGGUGGGAUGCUAGGAAAUCAGAAGGGUGUAAAUAUACCUGGUGCGACGCUCGAUCUGCCUUAUGUCACUGAUAAAGACAUUGAAGAUCUAAAGUUUGGAGUCGAACAGAAUGUUGAUUUCAUUUUUGCAUCUUUUACACGUGCAGCUAGAGGUAUCGAAAUUAUUCGAGAUGUACUGGGUGAAAAGGGCAAGCAUAUCAAAAUUAUUGCUAAGAUCGAAAAUGAAGAAGGAAUUCGAAGGCUAGAAGAUUCCCAAAAUAUUGACAGAAGCAAGAAUGAUAAGAUGACAAAAAAUUUCAGAGCCGAUGAAAUAAUUGAUGCAGCAGAUGGAAUAAUGGUGGCACGUGGUGAUCUUGGCAUUGAAAUAUCUGCUUCUAAAGUUUUUCUCGUCCAAAAAAUGCUCAUUGCCAAAUGUAAUCGAGCAGGAAAACCAGUCAUUUGUGCAACACAAAUGCUUGAGUCAAUGGUGGGCAAACCGAGACCAACCAGAGCUGAAAGUAGUGAUGUUGCCAAUGCUGUAUUGGAUGGAGUUGACUGUGUUAUGUUAAGUAGCGAAACAGCAAAAGGCAAUUACCCGCUAGAAUCGUUGAUGACAAUGCAUGAAAUUUGCAAAGAAGCUGAAACAGCAUUUUAUUAUACGAAAUAUUUCGAAGAGUUAUUGCGAUUAGUUCCGAAACCAACAGAUGACGCAACAACGAUCGCAAUUGCAGCUACCUCUGCUGUUGAAUCGUGUCGUGCUACAGCGAUCAUUUGUGUCACUGUUACUGGAAGAACAGCUGAACUGCUAUCUCAGUGGCGACCACCAGUACCAAUUAUUGCGGUUUGCGAAAAUUCCACUGUAGUACGACAACUUCACUUGUGGCGAGGAGUUUUCCCUUUACAUUUUGAAGGUUGGCAAAUAUUGUUUUCAAAAUACUGCAUUAGUUGCGCAAAAUAA